UCCGGCCCUAUUUGCUGUGCUCUGGACGCUUCGCUCUCCUCAGCCCUCCCCGCCUCCCUCCGUCUUCCGGCAUUCCCGCUAUCGCGGAGCGCAGGGGCACUUGCCGCAUCGUCUUCUCCGGUGGCAACGGAAGGUUCGUGGCGUCCUGUGGAUGGCGAAGAUGGACUCGGUGGCUGUGAUGGAGGUGGCGCCGGUGCCGGACCCGCCGUUCAUCGACGCCACUUCCCUGCAGCAGCCGCCGCCGCCCGCGCCGCUGGCGGCGCUUGCGCUGCGCCGCAGCGCUCGUUGCCUCAACAGGCCGGUCCGGCCCAGCUACGCGGAGCAGGAGCCGCCCAAGCCGCCCAGCGGCCGCGGCCGUGGCAAGAGGAAGAGGGACGAGGAGAAGCAGGAGCCGGCGGCGGCGCAGGGUGCUAAGAGCCCGGGCAGGAAGGCCUCCAACGCUGAGCCUGGGGAGAGGAAGCCGAAGCCGGUGAUUGCGGCGGUGCCAAUUUCUUGCGCUGGUGCUCCAGCUGCUGCAGAAGAUGACGGGAUGGGGACCGGGAAGAGCGCCAAGCUGAGGGUGAAGGAGACACUGAGGGCGUUCAACAGCCACUACCUCCACCUUGUGCAGGAGGAGCAGAAAAGAGCGCAGGCUGCACUACAAGAAAUUGAGGCUAAAGGUGGCCUAAAACGUCAGACAAAGGGUAGUAAAAAGAAGGGUGGUAACCAGGAGGUUGAAGUUGAGGAGAAAGAGAAACGCCCAUCAAAACGACCUGAUCUGAAGGCAAUCACAAAGAUGCAAGAAACCAAUGCUGUCCUUUAUCCAGAGAAGAGGAUAGGACAUCUACCAGGGAUCGAUGUUGGAGAUCAAUUUUAUUCUCGUGCAGAAAUGGUUGUGUUAGGCAUCCACAGCCAUUGGCUUAAUGGGAUUGACUACAUGGGGAUGAAGUACCAAGGAAAGAAGGGGUAUGAGAACUUAACUUUCCCACUGGCCACAUGUAUCGUAAUGUCUGGGAUAUAUGAAGAUGAUCUAGACAAGGCUGAUGAAAUUAUUUAUACGGGUCAAGGAGGAAAUGAUUUACUUGGCAACCAUCGCCAAAUUGGCUCUCAACAGUUGAAACGUGGAAAUUUAGCGCUGAAGAAUAGCAGGGAUAAUGGUAAUCCUAUCCGAGUUAUUCGGGGUCAUUCGUCAAAGACUAGCUAUACUGGUAAAGUGUACACCUAUGAUGGACUUUACAAGGUUGUAGACGACUGGGUGCAGAACGGACUGCAAGGUCAUGUUGUUUUCAAGUAUAAAUUGAAGCGACUUGAGGGUCAGCCAUCAUUGACAACUUCUGAGGUGCGAUUUACUCGAGCAGAAGCGCCCACAACUAUUUCUGAAUUACCUGGUUUGGUUUGUGACGACAUUUCUGGAGGGCAAGAAAAUCUUCCCAUUCCUGCUACUAACUUAGUUGAUGACCCGCCUGUUCCUCCAUCUGGUUUCACGUACUUGAAGUCUCUAAAAAUUACAAAGGGCAUCAAGAUGCCGUCUAAUAUUAUUGGCUGCGAUUGUGAAGGAGAUUGCGCUAGCAACAAAAACUGUUCAUGUGCUCAGCGCAAUGGUUCUGAUCUUCCUUACGUAUCAUAUAAGAAUAUUGGCAGGUUGGUGGAGCCCAAAGCAGUUGUAUUUGAAUGUGGGGCUAACUGCAGCUGCAAUCACAACUGUGUGAACAGAACAUCUCAACAGGGUUUGCAGUAUCGCCUAGAGGUAUUCAAGACAGCUUCAAAAGGUUGGGGUGUCAGGACUUGGGACACUAUCCUCCCUGGGGCUCCCAUCUGUGAGUACACUGGGGUGUUGAGGAGGACUGAGGAUUUGGAUGGUUUGCAGAACAACUAUGUUUUUGACAUUGACUGUCUUCAAACCAUGAAGGGUUUGGAUGGAAGGGAGAAAAGGGCUGGCUCUGAAAUGCACCUGCCCAACCUCCAUCCUGAGAAUGAUUCAGAGGCACCACCUGCGCCAGAGUACUGCAUAGACGCUAGUUCUAUUGGCAAUUUUGCAAGGUUCAUAAACCACAGUUGCCAACCUAACCUUUUCGUCCAAUGCGUCUUGAGCUCGCACAAUGACGUUAAGCUGGCAAAAGUAACACUUUUUGCUGCUGACACUAUACUUCCUCUUCAGGAGCUAUCCUAUGACUAUGGUUAUCGCUUGGACAGUGUUGUUGGGCCUGAUGGAGAAAUUGUGAAGCUGCCUUGCCACUGUGGUGCUCCUGAUUGCCGGAAACGCCUCUACUAGACCUGCUGGGUGUUUCCAUUUGGAUUUUGGAGGAAACAAGUAAUAUUGUAGGAAUGCAGCCGUAGUAUCUGCAUAGUUGACAGGCUCUGAUAUAUAGCAAAAGAGGAGCGACUUGAUCUCCUUUUAGAGCAUUCAUAUUUUGUCAUAUGUAGGGGACAUGCCAGACAUGGUAGCAUAUUUUGCAGACUAUCAAUUAACCGAUGUCUAGUGGUGGAACAUUUAACCUAUAUAAAUAUAUAUACUACAUGUUUAGUCAUGGUUUGAUUUGA